GCGCGCGCGAUGCGCCCCGGGGCCGCCCCCCGGCGCAGCUGACGCGCGGCCCGCGGACACCGGCCCGAGCGCGCCCGCGCCGCCGCCGCCGCCGCCGCCGCCGCCGCGAUGGCGGGGAAGGCAGGGGCCUCCCCGGGCACCGCGCUGCUGCUGGUCACGGCCAACGUGGGCUCGCUGUUCGACGACCCCGAGAACCUGCAGAAGAACUGGCUUCGGGAAUUCUACCAGGUCAUCCAUACGCACAUGCCACACUUCCUGGCCCUGCACUGCCAGGAGUUUGGGGGAAAGAACUACGAGGCGUCCAUGGCCCAUGUGGACAAGUUUGUCAAAGAGCUGCUGUCAAGCGAUGCCAUGAAGGAGUACAACAGGGCCCGUGUCUACCUGGAUGAGAACUACAAGUCCCAGGAGCACUUCACAGCUCUUGGAAGCUUCUAUUUUCUCCAUGAAUCCUUAAAAAACAUUUACCAGUUUGACUUCAAAGCCAAGAAGUACAAGAAGGUGACAGGGAAGGAGAUCUACUCGGAUACGCUGGAGAGCACAGCCAUGCUGGAGAAGGAGAAGUUCCCGCAACAUUACUUCCCCGAGUGCAAAUGGUCCAGAAAAGGUUUCAUCCGGACGCGGUGGUGCAUUGCGGACUGUGCCUUCGACCUGGUGAACAUCCACCUUUUUCAUGAUGCAUCUAACCUGGUAGCCUGGGAGAGCAGCCCCUCUGUGUACGCCGGCAUCCGGCACCAGGCGCUGGGCUAUGUGCUCGACAGAAUUGCUGACCAGAGGUUCGAGAAGGCUGCCUAUUUCGUCUUCGGAGACUUCAACUUCCGGCUGGACUCCAAGUCUGUGGUGGAGACCCUCUGCACCAAGGCCACCAUGCAGACGGUGAGGGCCGCCGACACCAACGAGGUGGUGAAGCUCAUCUUCCGGGAGUCAGACAACGACCGCAAGGUGAUGCUGCAGCUGGAGAAGAAGCUGUUCGAGUACUUUAACCAGGAUGUUUUCCGGGACAGCAAUGGCACCGCGCUCCUAGAGUUCGACAGGGAGCUCUCUGUGUUCAAGGACAGGCUGUGUGAGCUGGACAUCUGCUUUCCUCCCAGCUACCCGUACAGCGAGGACAGCAGCCAGGGCCAGCUGUACAUGAGCACACGCUGCCCUGCCUGGUGUGACCGAGUGCUCAUGUCCCCCACUGCCAAGGAGCUGGUCCUCAGGUCGGAGAGCGAGGAGAAGGUCAUCACAUACGACCACAUGGGGCCCAAUGUCUGCAUGGGAGACCACAAGCCCGUGUUCCUGGCCUUCCGCCUGGCGCCCGGGGCAGGUAAACCUCACGCCCGUGUGCGCAAGUGUUGUGUAGUGCAGUGACGUGGGGGCAGGAGAGGGCAGCGGCAUGAGAAGCCCCCUCACGACCCCCUGUAGUGGGCGGCAGGAGCAGCGUCCACCCGUCCAUCCGUCCGUCCGAGCCCCGAGCCACCGCCACGGCCGGCCCCACACUCCGCUUCAGCUCUGGCCUGUUCCGGAGCCGCCUCACAUACCUCACUGUCUUGUCUGUUCAUGUGACAUCAAGUAGAAAUACUGGGUUUUUAAUAAGUCACAGUGCUGUUGCCAAAAGUCUCGUAGACAGCAAGGCCCCCGCCGCGGACCCCACGCAGCAGUGUGCACAGCCGCCCGGGGCCCGUCGGCAGCUGAGGACAGUGGGGACCGCCGGGCAAGCCGGGUCCCCGCCUUCACUCCACGACCCCGUCAUCACUCUACUGCCAUGUUCCAUGGUUUCUGAAUCACACUGCGGCUGCUUCCCAUUUUAUAUCUAUAAAUAUAUAUAAAUAUAUACUUUUUAAAGUAAUUUAUAAAUCUUACCCAAACGUAGGCUUAAUAGACUUUCCAGGCAGAUGGGACAGCGGCAGGCAGCGUGGUCCCCGCCAGCCUCCAACCCUGUGGGGCAAAGGAACGUUUGCAAACUCUGAGCAGCCCAGGGGCUGGGUGUACCUGCCGGAGCUGGCCAUGUCUGUCCGUCAGUCCGUCUCCCCUUCCUGCUCUGCGGUGCCAAGAGAGUCAAGAGUCAGGGAGCUGAAGGCUGAGCGUGAAGUGCCCAGAGAGACUCGCUCUGCCUGGCUACCCUGGCCAGCUUCAGAACACUACAGACCCCUGGGCCACAAGGCAGCCGCUUGUUGUACACGAAUCACUACUAUUGUGGGUGAGGCCAGCCCUGCUGGCCACCUAGGAAGGCUUUAGAUGUGGCCCUUCUGUUUCCUAAAGCAAUAAACCUGAUCAUGGUGACAAGUG